AUGAACAAAAAAAAAAAAAAAAAUUUGAAAAAACCUAUAGAUCUAAAAGUAUUAGAGAAUAAAUUAAAUAUAAUAAAUUUUAUAAAAAAUGACUUUGAUAAAAAUCUAGAAAAAGAAAAUGAAAAAUACUUUAAAGUUUCUAAUAAACAUAAUUCUAAAGUAGAAAAUACAUUAAAUGAAAAAGAAAGAAUAAAUAUAAUUUUAGAAGAAUUAAUACUAUCUUGUGAUGAAAAUAAAAAUAAUUUAGAUAAUUAUGUUAAAGUUGUGAAGGAAAUAAUUAAUAUGAAUAAUGAUAUAAUUGAAAAGGAAAAAUUAGAGAUAGAAAAAAUGCAUUCGGAAAAAAAUAAAGAAAUUUGUGUAAUUCAAGAAAAAAUUGAUUACGUUAAAAAAUCUCAUGAUGAUUUAAAUUCUUCAAUAAUGCAUAUUUUUAAUAAUUUGAAUUUAUUUUUGAUGAAUAAGAUUAAUGUUAAAUUAAAUAUUGAUCAAUUGAAUGAAAGUAAUACACCAAAAAAAGAUAUAAACAUUGGAAUAGAAGAUAUAAAAAAAGAAGAAAUAAAGAAUAUAAAAGGACAAGAAAUAUAUGAUGAAUAUAAGAAAGAAUUAUAUGAAUCUAUGAGUGAAUACAAUCGAAAAUUAUACAAUGUUAAAUUGUUCAUAAAAGAAAAUAAGUUAGAUGAGUUACAAGAAUCUUCAUAUUUAAAAAAAUAUGAAGUUAUGUUAAGUAGGGAAGAUCAGAAAGAUAACACAUCAGCAAUAAGGAAUAAUAAUUAUUAUGAUAAUUGUAGUAAAACAUGUAAUAAUAAUAAUAUGAAUAACAAGAAUACAUAUGUUAAAGAAAUAGAAAAAAAUGAAAUUAACAAAAAAAGAGAAACAAAUGCAUUUAUUGAGAGAUUAAUUUCUGAAGAUAAUAAAAUAUAUGAAAACUACUUUGCUAAAGAAAAAAAUAGUGAAACAAUAAGGGAUAAUGAAGGAAAUGAAAAUAAAAAAAAUGAAGAAGAGAUGGUAGAUAAAAGGAGUGAAAAUCUGGAAAAUGAAGAAGAAAAUGGAGACAAAGAAAGGGAAGAAAAAAAUGAUGAAGAAAUUGAAAAAGAAAAAAGUGAUGUAGAAAGAGAAGAAGAGGAGAAGGAAGAAGAAAAUGCAGACAAAGAAAGGGAAGAAAAAAAUGAUCAAGAAGUUGAAAAAGAAAAAAGUGAUGAAGAAAGAGAAGAAGAGGAAAAGGAAGAUGAAAAUGGAGACAAAGAAAGGGAAGAAAAAAAUGAACAAGAAAAAAAUGAUGAAGAAAUUGAAAAAGAAAAAAAUGAUGAAGAAAUUGAAAAAGAAAAAAGUGAAGAAGAAAGAGAAGAAGAAGAGGAAGAGGAAGAGGAAGAGGAAGAGGAAGAAGAGGAAGAGGAAGAGGAAGAGGAUGAAGAGGAAAAGGAAGAGGAAGAGGAAGAAGAAGAGGAAGAGAAGGCGAAAGAGGAAAAAGAAAAUGAAGAUGAAGAAGAAGAUGAAGAUGAAGAUGAAGAAGAUGAAGAAGAUGAAGAUGAAGAAGAUGAAGAAGAAGUAGAAGAUGAAGAAGAAGUAGAAGAUGAAGAAGAAGAAGAAGAAGAAGUAGAAGAAGAAGAAGAAGUAGAAGAAAUUGGAGAAAGAGAAAAGAAAGUAUCCAUGUAUAAUAAAAUUAAAUAUAAUUCAAGGGAAAUCGACAAAUAUGAAAAGGAAGUAAUUGAAAACAAAACAAAGAAUUAUAAUUACAAGAGUCAAAAAAAAGCAGAAAAUGGAAAUUAUAAAACCAAUGAAGUGUUCAUUUUAAAUGAAAAGGAAGAUAUAAAUAAUUUCUCUUCACAAACACACAAAAUAAUAUCGAAUGAUAAUAUGAAUGUUCUCAUUGAUAAAAUAAAAAAAAUAGAUUUUGAUUAUAUAUCUUAUUUUAAACAAAAAUUAAGAAAUUAA